GAGCAGCUCUUUCUGUGUCUUCGUUUUCUCUGAAUUUCCAAGCCUUCUUUCUCCGAUCUUGCGUUUUCAUUUUCUCUGAAUUACAGCUUUCUUUAUCUGAAUCGUAGAGUGUCGAGGUAUGGCUUCUCAGGAACAAACCGUGCUGCAAUUUGGCCAGUCACCAACAAGCGUAUCGGCUAGGGUUCAUCCACUUGUCUUAUACAAUAUCUGCGAUUGUUACGUCAGGCGGCCCGACCAAGCUGAGCGCGUCAUCGGCACGCUCCUCGGAUCUGUUUUACCCGACGGCACAAUUGACAUUCGUAAUUCUUACGCCGUUCCCCACAAUGAGUCCUCGGAUCAGGUUGCAUUGGAUAUUGAUUAUCAUCAAAAUAUGUUGUCAUCCCACCAGAAGGUGAAUCCAAAGGAAGUCAUUGUUGGAUGGUUUUCGACAGGUAGAGUCGUUGCUGGUAGUGCAUUGAUCCACGAGUUCUAUUCUAGAGAUGUCAACAAUCUUGUUCAUUUGACUGUUGAUACUGAAUUCAGAACUGGAGCUGCGGCAAUUAAGGCCUUUGUCUCUAUUAAUCUGUCCCUUGGCGAGCGUCAACUUGCUGCUCAGUUUCAAGAAAUUCCAUUGGACCUACGCAUGGUUGAGGCAGAGCGAAUUGGGUUUGACGUGCUUAAGCCGACAAAUGUGGAUAAACUUCCCAGUGAUCUUGAGGGAAUGGAAACCUCAAUGGAACGAUUACUUGCUCUCAUUGGCGAAAUUUAUAAAUAUGUAGAUGAUGUUGUGGAAGGGCGUAUUGCCCCUGAUAACAAAAUCGGAAGAUUCAUUUCCGAUACCAUAGCAUCCCUUCCCAAACUGUCGCCACAAGCUUUCGAUAAGCUAGUCAAUGAUAGUCUGCAGGAUCAACUGCUGCUACUGUAUUUAUCUAGCAUUACAAGAACACAGCUCAGCUUAGCAGAAAAGCUGAAUACAGCUGCCCAAAUCCUCUGAUUGGUUACGCGGUUUCGGUUUUGUGGAGCUCCAACUGAGUAGUACUUCUAUGUAGUUUUUUUUUUUUUUUGUGUGACGAUUUGGCCUUCAUUUGAUCGGUGCUAUCAUUCCAACUAGAAAAUCUUGUACUCUGUAUUUGAGAUAAUUUUAGCGACAUACUUUCUGGGGAUUUAUUGGUGUUUUUGUUUGUGAUCUUAUAACAUGUCUUUAUGAAUAGAAAAUAUUGACAACACCUAA